AUGGCGGCUUAUGAUUUAAUGAAUCAAAAACAACAUAUUGAAACUUGUUUGGUCAAUCAGUCUAGUCAAGUAGCUAUCGAUUAUCGUGUUCGUUUGACAGCAUCAAUUGAUUGCAUAAGAUUUCUUGUGCGUCAAGGAUUAGCAUUUCGUGGUCAUGAUGAAUCAACAAACUCACUCAAUCAUGGUAAUUUUCUUGAAUUGUUAAGAUUUCUUGCUGACCAUAAUGAGGAUAUCAAUAGAGUUGCACUAGACAAUGCUCCCUCAAAUCUCAAAUUGACAUCGCCUGAUAUUCAGAAAGAUAUUAUCAGAUCCAUUGCUUAUUUAACCACUAAUUCUAUUCUUGGAGAUCUCGGUGAUGAAUUAUUUACUAUAUUGGUUGAUGAGGCUCGUGAUAUAUCUGUUAAAGAACAAAUGGCAGUUGCUUUACGGUUUGUAAAUGAAAGGGGAAAUAUUGUUGAGCGCUUUCUAGGCCUUGUACAUGUAAGCGACACUACUGCCUUAUCACUUAAAACUGCUAUUGAUUCUUUGUUGUGCCAACAUGGAUUAUCUAUAUCUAAUUUGCGGGGGCAAGGAUACGAUGGAGCUAGCAAUAUGAGAGGAGAAUUCAAUGGCUUAAAAAGCUUAAUUAUGAUGGAGAACCCUUCUGCUUAUUAUGUUCAUUGUUUUGCUCAUCAACUGCAGCUUACACUUGUAGCUGUUGUUGAAAAUCAUAUAAGAAUUUCUACUUUUUUUGAUGUGGUUGCACAAUUGAACAAUAUUGUUGGAGCGUCAUGCAAGCGAAGAGAUAUACUUCGUGAGAAACAAUUUGAAAAAGUUAUUAAAGGAAUUUGCAAUGGUGAUAUCUUCACUGGACAAGAGGAGGGAAAAGAUCACAAGCAAAGGGCACAAGCAAAUAAUCUGUUGGAAUUGAUUGGAAUAUGA